AUGGAAAGACAGCACACAGAGCCGGGACUUAAAGCCCAUCAUCAUUCUAUUAUUACUAGAAGACGUAGUAAUUACUAUACAAUAACACCUUAUGUAGAUAAGUUAGCUUAUAAAGACGACAAAUCUUGUGUAGUUUGUGGUAAUUUUUUUAAUCUUUUAAGGAAAAGAUAUUGCUGUACAGUAUGCUAUCGAGGAUGCUGUCUUAAGUGCAUCACUGAGCCUCCAUCAAUUCCAGGAAUAAAAUUCCGAUUGAGGAUUUGCAAUAACUGCACUAAUAAUUCCAUACAAAGCUCAGUAAGAAAGAACUUCAAAACAUCACUUAAAAAUGUCAACAAAGAGCUCAAGGGUUUAGAAAAAAACAUUGAUCAAUAUAAAAGACAGUCUAUAACUGAAAAUAUAAAAAUUGAGCAACUCCAAAUAAAAAUAGCCGAAGCACAAGAGACUAAAAAUAGGCAAAAUAUUGAGUAUUUGGGAUUAAUUGAUACCUUAAAGAAAGACAACCAAAAAUUAGAGGGCGAAAUUGCAGAGUUUAAAGCCAGGGCAAAAGAAUUGACUGUAGAAAAUAAAGGGAAAAAGAGGAAAAUCAAAAAAAUUAAACAUGAACUAUUAUUUUAUGAAAAUAAUUUAGAUGCCAAAAAUGAAAAAUUAAAAUCUGUGCUUCAUGGGAUAGUUGAAGAAAAUGAAGAAAUUGAUAAAAAAAUUAAAGAUUUAGGCAGCAGAUCAGAGCCAGAUAGCUUUGAAAAAUGAUCAAAUGAGGCUGAACUAGAAAUAAUCAUUGAUUGCAUGAAAAAACAAUUAGAAGGAGAUAAAGCUCAUAUAGAAGCUAUCCAAAAUUUGCAUACUGAAAUGGGUGAGAAAAUAGAGAAAAAAGACAAAGAAAUUUUAAAUUUGACUCAAAACAUUUUCUUAUUCACCCAGAAAGAUGAAAAAAGAACGUCCCAAAAUACUACAAUGACUAGCACUAUUACAGAAGAUCGUUUUUCUUUUCUUAAUUCAAAAAUCGCUAACUCCCCCCACUCUCCGUAAGUGAACAAAACCAUUAGAAAAAUCGUUAUUUUUUGGAGUAAACAAAAAUUUUUUUAAUAGAAAAAUUUUAUGAAAAAAAUUUUGAUAUAUAUGUGAUAAUUAGUAUAAUGAAAUCUCGAGCUAAUUCUGUUUAAUUUUAAACAAAUUGCUUUUUAUAACAUAAAUUUUAUAAAUUAAAUUAAUAUUUACUUUCUUAUUUUUAUGAAUUUGGAUUUUUUAAAUUUUCGAAAAAAAAUAUUUUCUAUAAAAUUUUGUCACUCACGGAGAGGGGAAGAGUAAGCAAAAAAGAGCAAUUAAAACUUUAGAAGCUACAAUAAUUGAUCUAAAAUCACCUGAAGAGCUAAUUAGAAGAGAUUCUAUAAAAAAUGAUGUGUGCAAUUGCAAUAUUAUAUAG